AUGGCUUUGACAUUAAAAAAUGCAAUUGAAACUUUGCUUAUGGAUCAUUCAUUGAUUUUGUCUGGAGUUCGUGGUCAAGGUUAUGAUGGGGCUAGUAAUAUGAGGGGUGAGAUAAACGGUCUCAAAACUUUGAUCAUGAAUGAAAAUCCUUCUACUUAUUAUGUCCAUUGUUUUGCUCAUCAACUUCAAUUGACUCUUGUUGCGGUUGCUAAAGAUAAUGAUGAUUGUAUUUGGCUUUCUGAGCAACUUGGAAUUUUAUUGAAUAAUCAUUUGUACAUUCCUCGUGGAAGAUCAAAACGCUUCUUUGCCAAAGUUCCAAAUCUUCAUCGUUUUCGGGUUGAAAUGUUUCUAAGUGUUAUUGAUUUGCAACUUCAAGAGAUUAACAAUAGGUUUGAUGAGAAAAAUAUGGAGUUGCUUAUAUGUAUGUCUUGCUUGAAUCCCAUCAAUUCACUUGAGGCAUUUGAUACACAAAAGUUGCUUAGGCUUGCCGAGUUUUAUCCAAAAAAGCUCCUAUGUAAUGAUAUGACAACACUUCGACAUGAACUUGAAUAUUUUUAUGAUGACAUGAAGAAAGAUGCAAGGUUUGGAGGAGUGAAGGAUAUUAAUGAACUUUCUAUUAUGCUUGUUGAAACAAAAAAGCAUAAUUCUUAUAAACUAGUUUACUUGCUUAUAAAACUAGUAUUAAUUCUUCCGGUGGCAACGGCAAGUGUGGAACGAGUCUUCUCUUCAAUGACUUAUGUGAAUAACAAAUUGCGGAAUAGUAUGGGUGAUUAA